AUGAUGACCUUCAUUUGCCUACAAAUAACCCCUUCUUCCCCCUCUUCUGUCCUCUCCAUGACAUAUACGCAGCUCUUCUUGCCUUCUUCCCUUCCCAUGCUUUCGUCCCACCAUGACAUGCUCCCUUGCACUCCUCCGCAGCCCGUCGACGUCGAGCUGGCGAACAGUUGCCCCCGCUGCGGCUCCUCCGACACCAAGUUCUGUUACUAUAACAACUACAGCCUGAGCCAGCCGCGGUACUUCUGCAAGGCCUGCCGGCGGUACUGGACCAAGGGCGGAUCGCUCCGCAACGUGCCCAUCGGCAGUGGCUACCGCAAGAGCCGCAGGGGGAGGUCGUCAGCGAGGCUCUCCAGUGCCGUCUCCGUCGCCGCCGGUGGUCCAGAUGCCAACUCCAAUCGCCGUGCUCCGCAGAGUCCUAUCCGCCCGGACCUCCUGACGAACGAGGUAGCCGCUCCUAUUGCCAUCAAUCUCGAGGCGUUGUAUGCCAAGUACAUGAACCGGUCUCCGGAGAUGGAGUCAGGCGUCGCCAUUGCAGCAUUCGAUACUGAAACGACAAGCCGAUCGAGUUCAUGCCACUGUCAGAUGUUUUCGCCAGUUGGUGAUACUACACCACUGAAUCAGGUCAACGAUCGGCCAUUCGGUAAUGGAGACUACAAUCUAUAUAGAGAGUUGAGCCGCUCCAUAACACUGCCAGUGGAACCUGUUCAGAGCUACAUAUCCUUGGAUUGCCAAGAAGAGUUUGAGUCGACCACGGCAUGCAGCAUGGAUCAUCAGCAAGAUCGUGCGAACAUUGAUGAUUGGAGCUUGUUGGAUUACUCAAGCUUGGAGGCCUUCUACUAG